CAAUGUUGAUUAGAUGAUUGGCUUUUUUGUGUGAAACCUCAGAAAUGGAUAUGGACUUUCGAAAAACUUUAAAGCAUUCAUUGAAUCAUUUUGUGUUUAUUUCUAGUCACAGCAUAUGGAAAUCGACAAAUGAGUGUGUAUUCAAAGACAAAUAUGCCUUACGUCGUUGGAGUUGUCCGAUGCGAAAGUUUGAUUGGAUAACCAGACAAUACUUGGUAGCCAAAGCUCGUCGUCUUCCACAGUUUUAUUGUUUAGCCAACACUUCCUUGGAUGAACCUUCUAAAGAAUCCAUCAAAGUGACGGAAGCUUCACAGCCCUCUCAAAAUACUGCCAGUUGGAAACGUCAGUUGAAAGUUGCUUCCUAUUUCUUCUUAUGGUAUGCUUUUAAUAUCGUUUAUAACAUUUCCAAUAAGAAAUUGUUGAAUGCCUAUCCUUUUCCUUGGACAGUUGCUUGGGUGCAAUUGGCAGUGGGUGUAUUUUAUGUUGUUCCGUUAUGGUUGCUUCAUCUAAGAAAGGCACCACAUAUUCCUUUGGAAGAUAUCAAAAGACUAUUACCAGUCGCAGCAGCACAUACAAUUGGCCAUAUAUCGACAGUCGUUUCUUUAGGUGCCGUUGCAAUAUCUUUUACUCACGUAGUAAAAGCACUUGAACCCUUUGUCAACGUUUUGGCUUCAGCUGUUAUCUUACGUUCAGUGUUUCCUAUUCCUGUUUAUCUUUCUCUUUUACCGGUCGUUGGAGGUGUCAUAAUCGCUUCUGUUACUGAACUUUCCUUUACUUGGACAGGUUUCAUGGCUGCUAUGCUUUCCAAUUUUGCAUUUACUAGUCGUAACAUAUUUUCCAAAAUUUCUAUGAAUGACCAAACCUCCUAUAAACAUAUGAGUCCGGCAAAUCUAUUCGCAGUAUUAACAAUUUUAUCGACAUUCAUAUUGUUACCAGUAGCUCUUAUAUUGGAAGGUCCCAAACUGUAUCAAGGUUGGAUAUUGGCUACUAGUGGGAAAACAACUAGUAUGCAAUUGAUAACUGGGUUAUUGACUUCCGGACUGUUCUUCUAUUUGUAUAAUGAAGUGGCUUUCUAUGCUUUGGAUUCCGUUCAUCCGAUAACUCAUUCGGUAGGAAAUACAAUGAAACGUGUGGUUAUUAUAAUCACUUCAUUAUUGGUGUUCAAGAAUCCUAUCACUCCUGCCAAUGCAAUUGGUUCAGCUAUUGCAAUUAGCGGCGUUCUACUUUAUUCAUUAACCAAAUAUUAUUACAGUCAAAAAAUAAAGUAGACUCUGGGUUCAUUCAUAAAGAUUGAAUAUAUUCC